AUGAGUCGAGCCAACAAACUUGGCCCGGAGGUAAAUCGAGCUUUGUUCGUGAAGAAUCUAAGCUACAACGUCACUCCAGAGGAGCUGUUCGACCUGUUCGGAAAGUACGGACCUAUCCGUCAAGUCCGACAGGGUAUCGCGAGCAACACGAAAGGCACCGCCUUCGUCGUCUAUGAAGACGUUAUGGACGCCAAGCAGGCGUGCGACAAGUUGAACGGCUACAACUUCCAGAACCGUUACCUCGUCGUACUCUACCACCAGCCCGACAAGAUGGUCCGGACAAAAGAGGACCUGGACGCGCGCAAGGAGAAUUUAGAACGCCUCAAGCACCAACAUGGCAUCGAUUGA